AUGGCAACUAGCGCAGGAACAGCCCCAGGGCUGAAUCCUGAUCUGCCCUCCCCGGGCCACGAGUCACCCAGUCGCAAGCGGAAACCGUCCGGCUCACUGCCGUAUAAGAACGGCAAUCGCCAGAAGAUCACGCGCGCCUGUGAUUCUUGCAAAGAGAAGAAAACCCGAUGUACUGGUACCUUGCCCUGCACGCGAUGUACGCGACUGUCUUUGUUCUGUAGAUACAACGCCGCCUACUCACGAGGGCUCCCGCCAGACCCUCUGCCGUCGGGAGAUGAGCCAGCAUGUCGCAAGGUUGGCCGGGUGUCUAACGGCUCGCGGUCUCGUGGCAGUGCAGGGGCCGAGACGGAUCGGGAUUCUGGCAAUCAUGCUUUUAUAAGCCGCGGCCCUUUAUCUUUGCGCAAUUCGCCGGAGCCAGGAUCUACUGAUUUCGAAGGCAACUAUAUUGGCCCUGCAUCUGGAGUGUCGUUUAUCAAUCGGGUGUGGAGUCGGUUGAAUCAGGAUGAGACGACGCAUAUUCCCAAUGAAGUGCGGAAUGAGUCUUCGGCGAAUACGGCCGUUUUCAUGUUUGGUGAUAAGCCGUACUCACAUCCUCAGGAUGUUGACUUUACGUUGCCUUCGUUUGAGACGGCAAUGGAGUUGGUGGCUAUCUAUUUCGACUUCUCUAUGGUGACUUAUCGUUUCCUACAUCGGGGUAGUGUGGAGAAAUGGGUCAAGCAGGUAUACGAGAAUAAUCUUUCUGUGUCGAAUCUUCCUGUCGGAAACAUGGUUGCUCGGGCUACUAUCGUUCUUAUGAUAUUUGCUAUAAGCACGAUGCAUACUGACCUCGACCCGGAAGGUUUAUCAAAUGGGCACAGUGAAAGCGAACGCUGGUAUGCAGCUUCCAAAUUCAUGUCAUCUCUAGAGUCGGGGCCUCCCCGAUUAGAGACCAUUCAAGCUCGCCUUAUCCAAUGCUUAUAUCUGCUCUCAUCAUCAAGAGCGAACGAGUGCUGGUACUCUUUUGGAACCGCCUUACAAGUCGUAACCGCCCUCGGCUUACAUCGCAAAUGCCCCGUCAAACUAUCCAAGAAAGGCUGCACGUACUUCGAACUCGAACUCCGGAAACGCAUCUUCUGGAGCGUCUACACUCUAGACAAGUACCUCAGCAUAAUGUUCGGCCGGCCCCGUCUCCUUCACGACGAGGACAUCGAUCAAGAAUUCCCCGACGAGAUGAACGAUGAAGAUCUCCUCGAAGAAGACCCAUCCCGCCGCACCGGCUCAACAGACAGCAUGAUGAUCGCCUCAGUCCUUCAUUACCGUCUCGGCCUCAUUCUAGGCGACAUAUCCCGCCAACUCUACAGCAUAAAUCCGCUAUCCCGCACCACACCUCUCGAAACAGCCGUCCGUCUAACCUCGGACCUUGAAAAAUGGAAAGCAAGCGUUCCACCCCUCUUCAACAGCGUUCGUCCAGCAAGCCUAAUCCCACCACUCUGUCGCCAAAGCCAAGUCCUCCAAUUAGCCUACUCCCACGCCAUGAUCCACGUUACCCGCUCAUUUCUCCUAAACGACUUCACGGACCUAAGCCGCAGACCACGAGACCCGCAUCCCUUGGUCAGCGCGCACGCGCAUAAAUGCAUCGGCGCAGCAGAGGACAUCAUGACGCUAGUCGAUAGUCUCGCGCAGCAAAAAUUAUUGACACAGUCCUUUUGGUUCACGCAUUAUGUGUGUUUCUGCGCUAUUCUCGUCGUGUAUAUUCAUAUUAUACAACAGCAUCGCCAAUCGACAGUCCCCAGCCCUUCAGCCUCGAGCCCAACGGAUUUCGACAAGUUACAUUCCCUCUUCUGCCUUGCGGAACUGUGUCAGCAGCAUCUUGCUGAGGCUACGAGGAAAAAUUGUCCUAGUCGAAGGUAUGGGAUUAUUCUUGAGGAGUUGAGGCGGGAGGUUCAUAGGCAGAUUGGUUCAGAUGAUUCAUCUACAACGAAAAUUAGCACUUGGAAGGAUGAGGCGGGGCUGAGUGUAACACCUAACGGACAUGAAAGCGAGCCUGUAGGUGCUCAGGCUCAGAAUGUAGAUUUCAUGCCGAGUAUCUUGGAGCCUGGGGAGUUCGGGCCUAUUAAUCCAAUGGAGGAUGCUGGGGUUUUGGAGAAUCUCGAGGGCUCAAUUUGGUGGGCUCAGUUGGAUUCCUGGGCACUUUCUAGUUUUCCGAAUGAUUCUUCGACGUUUGAAUUUUAA